GCUCAGCCCACCGGAGCCCGGUGCGCUUCCGGGGCGGCCGAGGGGCUUCCUGCGGUGGGUGCGCGGCCGCGGUGCUGCUGCCAGUGCUGCUCCCGGCCCGGCCCGGCCCGGCCCGACGCGCCGCCGGGAUGAUCAACGCCAUCCUCGUGUUCAACAACCACGGGAAGCCGCGGCUCGUCCGCUUCUACCAGCACCUGGCAGAAGAGGUGCAGCAGCAGAUCAUCCGUGACACCUUCCACCUGGUGCUCAAGCGCGAUGACCACAUCUGCAACUUCCUGGAGUGCGGCAGCCUGUUCGGCGGCUCCGACUACAAGCUGAUCUACCGCCACUACGCCACGCUGUACUUCGUGUUCUGCGUGGACUCCUCCGAGAGCGAGCUGGGCAUCCUGGACCUCAUCCAGGUGUUUGUGGAGACGCUGGACAAGUGCUUUGAGAACGUCUGUGAGCUGGACCUCAUCUUCCACAUGGACAAGGUGCACCACAUCCUGCAGGAGAUGGUGAUCGGCGGGAUGGUGCUGGAGACCAACAUGAACGAGAUCGUGGCGCAGGUGGAGGCCCAGGGCAAGCUGGAGAAGGCAGAGGGAGGCCUCUCAGCUGCUCCUUCCCGCGCUGUGUCGGCCGUGAAGAACAUCAACCUGCCCGAGAUCCCCCGCAACAUCAACAUCGGGGACAUCAACAUCAAAGUGCCCAACCUGUCACAGUUCAUGUGAGCAGCCCGUGCCGGGGGCUGCCUGCUGAGCAGAGCUGGGGUCCCCGGCUCCUGCCGGGGCUCUGCCCGUGUGGCACACAGGGCCCGAUGGUGGCCGAGGGCAGGCAGCAGCGACAGGGCUCAGAGAACGGGGUGGGGGGUCCCUCCCUCUGCACCUGGGCCCAGUUCUGUUCCCUGGUCCCCCAACAAGGAGGCUGCUCUUCCUUCCCCUCCCUCCCUGUGCACACGCAGCCUCUCCUCGCUGUGGGGAAGAGUUUGCUCCUGCCUCUCCUGGGGUUCUUGGGAUUCCCAGAGGCGAAAGUGUGCCUGUAGUGACGGCUCUGUCAGGAGCUGCAGGUUGUCCCCUCCACCCUCCCGGCCAUGGCUGUCCCCUGCCCCGUCCUGCUCUCUGUGAUGGGCCCCGGCUGGGUGGGGUCACUCAUGGGAGCUGCUGUGUGCCCUGGGGACAGUGUGC